GUUCUUUUAGAAACGGACGCGACGGAAUCCGGUACAGAGAGGUGCUUCCUACGCUGCUUCUCAAUCUGGGUGUUGAUUCAAGGCUGUGUCUUCAGAUGUGUGGAGAGAGGGUUUAAAAGGAUCAUUCAAUGGGUGUAGACGAACACAGACAUAGCCGUACACAAGCUCACUCAGUUGAGAGUAUUUGAGAGAAUUGAAAGCGUGAAGUGAAACAUAAGUGCGAAACUUGAGAUAUAGAGGUAGGCAAAGGUGCAGAUCAACACACACAAGAAUACUUUUGGUUGUAGAAGUUUGAGAGGCUUGAGAGCUUGAGGUGAUAAUCUGAGUGAGGAAGCUGUGGAGUAGAUACAGAGCUAGACGAGAAGCGGAAAGGCAGAGAAAGGUUGAAUCAUCUAGGUUGGCUGAGAAUGACAGCAGAAGUGGAGUUUCAGCAGUUAGACUUCCUGUCGCGGGGAUUGCAGAGCAGGGAGGGGGUUUGCUACCCCCAGUAUACGGCCGAUCUGAAGGUGUCCGAGAGCUGGGGUCACCAUUUUUCUGUAGACGAUGUGGACCAGCAGCAGUUUUUUCCUCAAUCAAAUUACGAUUUGAGCCCCUCCACCUAUCUUGCCCCAGACUUUUCGAAGUCACCAUUUCUGCUCGACCCAUACAGUUUUCAUUCUUCGCCAGACCAACUAAACGACGGUGCUUAUAGCCUUCCUUGCUCCUCAGGUCAGUUGAGUGAUGGAGCUCGCACCAGCGGCGUCACAUCCCUCGAUGAAACGGACGAAGUCUGCAGCAUAUCGUCCCAAAACAAAAGCAAAGGACUCAACAAAUUGACCAGCACCUUGAAGAGGAAGUUUGGGGAAUGCUUCAUAGAGGAAGUACGCUCGACGAUGAAACCGUUUGUGAAGGAACUGAAUGUGGACGAUUAUCUCUGCUUAGACAACGUGCAAGAGCAACCUGCAAGCGCAUGGGGAGCAGAGACUUCGACCCCUGAAAACGCAUUUACUGUUACGCACUCUGCGACUAAGCUUAGCUCAAAUUCCCUUCCAAACCAGCGUCCGGCCCUAGGAUUUCUGUAUAUCCCUUCAUUAGCAGAAUCCGACAUUCCAGCUCCUGUUCCUUUGAGCCCAUGGCGCUCCAAACGCGUUCAGUGCCAAACUCCGGACGAAUUUCGAACGGAAUCGUCGAAAGCUGCGGAACCUUUGUCUCUGGAACCAAACGAAUCCGAAGAAGCAUUCAACUCAUUCAUCAAGAGUUACUGGAAUUCCACCACUGAUUCCUCGACCCCGCAAGAGGUUGCUUCUGUUCCUGUUGAAAGCAUCGAUGACAAAGUGGAGCAGGAAUGCCAAACUUCAACAAUCACAAAGACCAAGCCCGCGAAUAAGAAAACCUCCUCACAGCCGCAUUACAGAGGCGUCAGGCAAAGGCCAUGGGGUAAAUUCGCAGCCGAGAUCCGAGACUCAUCGAAAAAUGGUGCCCGGGUAUGGCUGGGAACUUUUGAUAGUGCGGAGCAAGCGGCAUUGGCUUACGACCGAGCAGCACUCAACAUGCGAGGCUCUCGCGCUCUCUUGAAUUUCCCCCUCAAGGCCACAACUGCUCUGUCCAACCCUGAGUCAUUGCCACCCCCUCCUGUGUCGUCCUCCACCUCACGCACUUCCAAGAAAUCCUCGGCCGCUUCAGCAUCACUUCUAUCCCAGCAGCAGCAGUUCUAGAAUUCUUCUCUUCUAGGCUCCUUUCUUGAACGAUAUGCCAGGCAAGGAAGCAGAAACCCUCGCAUCGAGAAACCUAUCGAAUCGAGCAGGACGACGCUCGCGCAGCAGAUCAUCACGGAGAGCAUGGAAGAAUCUAAAUUACCACAAAUAGGCGUGAUCGAUGCGAAGAAUGAGAAGCUCUAGGUCAUAUUCCUCUAAAAGGCCACCGCAUUUGGUACUGUUAGCGAACUUACUAGGAAUCUUGAGCGCCUCGAAGCCAUUGCUUCCAGAGACCCUCCAAUUUUUACAAAUCUUUGUGUAGGAAGCGCGAGAUAGCACUUCCUCGGGAUAUUGUACAAUAUGAGACUGCUACUACUUGAAAUUACUGGAGCAUGAACUAAAAUCUUAAUA